AUGUCAAAGCUGGAAACCCUGGUAGCAAAAGCCCGCGCAAUCCGCGACGACUCCCUCGCCAAAGUCGACCCGCCAUUGGGUCCCCUGCCGGACCCUCUUCCUUUGAACGUCACCGGGAUCCCGAAGCUCGUGCUGACGGAGAAAGAGUGCGAGAUCACAGAGACCGAGCCAAUUGCGUUGCUGGAGAAAAUUGCAAAGGGCGAGUAUUCGGCGGUCGAGGUCGCAAAGGCGUAUCUCAGACGGGCGGCGCUUGCUCAGAAAUUGCUCAAUUGCGUUACUGAACUUCUUUGGGACCGUGCUGUUGCUCGCGCGACUGAACUCGACGAGUACUACAAGAAAACUGGCAAGACCACUGGUCCAUUCCACGGCCUGCCCAUCUCCUCGAAAGAGCAUUUCUCCGUCAAGGACCGCUACGUCAACGCCUCGUUCGUCGCCUGGGUCGAGAACAAGGUCGACCAAGACGCGCAUGUGAUUGAGGUCAUGGAGUCGCUUGGCGCAGUCCUCUUUGUCCGAUCGACGCAGCCGCAGACAAUCAUGCACGUCGAGACCGAGACCGUCAUCUACGGCCGCUCCGUCAACGGAUACAACACCAACCUCAGCUGCGGCGGAUCCACGGGCGGCGAAGGUGCAUUGCUGGGAUUGAACGCGACCCCGCUCGGAAUGGGAACCGAUAUCGGCGGAUCUGCGCGAUGGCCCGCCGCGUCGAACGGUCGCUACGGAAUGCGUCCGACCGCCGGUCGCACGCCGAUGAGAGGGCUCUGCGGUGCCGGAGGCGGCGCGCCUGCCAUCUCUGGUGCUAUCGGACCGCUCGCGCAGUCUCGCAAGACUAUGGAGUACUUUUUCAAGUACAUUCUCAGCACGAAGCCCUGGCUGACCGAGCCGACGCUGAUUCCGAUGCCGUGGCGCGAGAAGCCGCUGGUUCCCGGAAAGCUCAAGAUCGGCGUGAUGUGGACCGACAACGUUGUCAAGCCGUUGCCUCCUGUCGCGCGUGCGUUGAAGAUCGUGACCGAAGCGCUGAAGAAGGGUGUCCCGGGAUGGGAGAUCGAGUUGAUAGAUUGGGAAGCCAAGGGACACGACGAAGCGUGGAAGUUGACCUCUGAGCUUUACUACACCGACGGCGGAGAGAAGGUGUCGAAGCUGCUUGCGUCGGUGGGCGAGGAGCAGCUGCCGCUUACAAAGUGGAUCAUGUCUGAGAACCCGUACGUGAAGAAGCAGGAUAUCUACUCGCUUGCCGAUCUCGAGAUGCGCAGAGACGCGUAUAGAACUCAGUAUGCCGAGUUCUGGAACCAGUCGGGCAAAGACGAUGGGCACCCAGCGGAUGUCAUUCUCUGUCCUGUUGCGCCGGGCGUCGCGUGCCUGCGCGGCACCGCAAAGUACUGGUCCUACACCUCGCAUUGGAAUCUGCUGGACUACCCGGGCGCGGUGUUCCCAGUGACCUUCGUCGACCAGACGCUCGACGUUCCCGAGAAAGACUACACGCCGCUGAACGAGCAGGACAAGUUCUUCUACGAGCUGUACUCGCCCGAGAAGUACGUCGACGCGCCGGUAAACCUGCAGGUGGUUGGUCGGCGGUUCGACGACGAGGUGGUGCUGCAGGCGAUGCAGAUCAUCGAGAGCGCGCUGGGCCGGGAGUCGUGA